CACGAAUUAUGAAAACCAGCGCCCGGCCGAUCGGCAGCACAUGCAGGACAGUCGCCACACCCACCAGGACGCGGCCCUUGCGCCGGCGCCAGCGCACGACACUCGCCCCAGCGUCACUGGUAUUGCCACCGAGGAUGAGUACUUUGAGAUCGCCAAGUCGUACGGCAUCAUGAAGCAAAUGGGCACGACACUCAGUUCGGCCCAAACGGCAUUUCCCACCGACGCCGACCUCACCGCUCGAGUGUCUGGGUUCGCCCACACGACAGGGUUUGUCUUCAAAACAGGAACCACUGGCGGGACCACUCGCGUGUACACGUGCAAGUCGUCGCCGAAUUGUCCGUUCCUCAUCACGGUCAACAUCAGCAAGUCGACUGGGAUCACGCGAAUCUCGCGGCGAUUGAAUUGCUUUCGACACAACCAUCCACUGGGUCUGUCGGCGCCAGGAUUCCAGUGGGGAGAAAUCGAACACCCUCUUCCUCCAAAGACAUCGAGUGUCGCCUUGGCACACGAUGCAAAUGACGACGGCCACACGAUCGCGCAGGAACCGUCGCCACCCCCUGUCUUGUCAGAAGCCGAGUACUUUGCCACAGCGCGCGCAUUGGGACUGUGCAAGCGUGCUGGUCCAACGUCCGUCAAGCCCGUCUCGAAGGUCUUCAAAACCAAAGAAGAUCUCCUCGCCCGCAUCGUGUUUUUGGCCGUCAAGGUCGGAUUUCAGCUCAAACAUCGCGACGGCACGUUCCAGUACUCGUGCAAGUCGGUUCAGGACUGUCCUUUCACGCUCUCUGUAAACGUGCGGCCAUCGGGGACCGCCAAAAUGUCGGAGAAGCUCUGCGUGUUUCCUCACAACCAUCCGUUUGGAGUCCUGAACAAACCCGAGACGGGCAAAAACACAACCCUCAACUCGGCUAUCAUUGCCCACAGCAUCGCCGCGUCCGGCAUGGACUGGUUCCGCGCGACCCACGUCGACUUCCGCAACCACUGCAUCGCGACGUUUGGGGUGCCGAUCGGGCCGACGCGGUCGACGACCGUGCGGCGAGAGCUCGAGAGUCCCAACAUUGAAAUACACGCGGAAAGGUUCCGCCAAAUGGACAUGGCCAUGCGCGCCGCCGUGGACCGCGUUCGCGCUACGCUGGCGGCCAACCCGACGCCCCCGUCCACGGAAGACAUUCGUAUCAUGCGGCAAGAGAUGCAUCAUCGAUGGGCCAUAGACCGGCGAAAACUCGCACUUGAGGAGCAGGCCCACAUGCGUGCCGAAGAAGAGGCGCGGCUGAUGCAACGGGCGGCCGGCGCCAAACUCCGCGAGGCCGAAAUCGCCCUCAAGGUUGCGCUGGCGAAGGCCAGGCAUGAACUCACUACGCUCGGCCUCACGCCCGACGACAUUGACGCGACGCUAACCCUUGAAUGAACUUGUAAUCAAGGACGUGUUGUAGCAAUAGAACUGCCUACGUGCAUUCAAAUUGUGACUUCGU